ACAUCUCCCACGGACUGUCCACGAAGGACGAAAAUCGGAUGCGGGCUGCUGUUUCACCAGGACAGCUCUUCCUUUCUUCCUUUCUACUCGCCAUCAUGAAGCAGUCGAAAUUCACCCGCUACUGCCUGCAGACUCCUCCCUGGCUAUCUGUGUGCAUGUGCAACGUGCCUGUAGUAGAUAUAUAACCCUUGAUGCGCGGUGCGGCGGGCGUUGCUCGCUGCGCCCCAACGCUCGCACCCCUCGCGCCCAAGUCUUCACCAGCCGCGGGACGUCUCGGUCGCCGCUUAACAUGUCCUCUCAGUCAGUCUCGGCUGCGGAACAGAUCAUCGCAGACCGCGCGUUCAUAUUCAUCGACUACUGCUCUCUGUUUGCAGAAGCUGCUCUGAUUUUCCAUGAGUACUUGAUAACUUUUGACAGCGAGGUCAGGUUGAUGUGGAGGCGAAAAAUAACAGGAGCGUCGAUUAUCUUCUUUCUCAAUCGCUACAUUAUGCUCCUUUCCCAACUCUUCAUCCUUCCUACAUGGGCCCCAGUCAGCGAUCUGGUCUGUGCCGCUCUCGGAUGGCUUGACGUUAUCUUCAAUCUCGCCCCAUAUUUCGUAUGGAAUGUAUUUGCGACUCUGCGCGUAUACGCUCUGACUGGGAGGGACUGGCGCAUCCCUUCUAUCGUCGCGUUGCUUAUGCUUGGGCCCAUCGCCGCCAACAUCAUACUGAGCUGCUCUGCCCAUAUAGUUGUAUUGGUCUCUCGUAUCUGCCUUAUCGCCGGUGAUGCGGUCGUAAUCGCUGUGACUUGGUGGAAGACAUACAGGUUGAAGCGUGAGGCGGAGGCAUCAGAUAUCAAGGCCCCACUUGUCACGAUGCUUCUGCGAGACGGUACGUGGCGUUCACUUUCAUUUUCCACUCAGGGACUCAUGUCAAUGUAG